AUGAAGUUCACAACCACCCUCGCAGCCAUCGCCGCAAUCGCUCUCUCAGUCAACGCAGCAGACCGCGUCCAAUGCGCCGGCACAGUCGACACGGCCCCCAACAAAGGCCGCUACGAGCCCUCCGGCUCCCUGACCGCCAACCUCACCCAGGUCGCCUGCAAGAGCGGCACCAUUGACGGCGCGCUAAAGGGCAACCAAAAGUGCUGCAUCUCCAACGAUAAGGCAGCGUUCGGGUCGGCGUGUGGCAAGGCCGUCUUCCCGCCCCAGUUCAAGACUGGGUUCAAGGCUACGUUCCAGCCUUGCUGA